AAUAGACAUGUAAACACUUUUGCUAUUUUUCUUGUUGAUUCACUUCAACCAACUAAAAGUCUACGGCACGUGAUCUCACUAUGACGACUGCAUGCAGCUCAAGCUACCUAUAUAUAUACCAACCUAACAUCAUAGAAUUUCAUCACACACUCUCGUUCAUUCAAUAUUCACACAUAGAAAUUAUUUAAAUUUUUCAAUACCAAAAAACCAUGUCUAUGAUCAAUGAAAACAAUGAAAAUAACCAUCCAAAAAUAGUAUCUAAAAUAGGAAUAAUAGGAGGUGGAGUGAGUGGUAUAGCCAUAGCAAAACAGCUAUCACACUUCAAUCCUAUUGUGUUUGAAGCCUCUGAUUCCAUUGGUGGUGUGUGGAAGCAUUGUACAUACAAUUCCACAAAACUUCAAUCUCAUCGUAGGGAUUAUGAGUUCACUGAUUUUCCUUGGCCCAAUAGAGAUAACAAUGAUUUUCCUACACAUGUUCAAGUGUUGGAUUAUUUGCAUUCUUAUGCUAAAUAUUUUGAUGUGGUAAAGAAUAUCAGGUUUAACUCUAAGGUAGUGGAACUCAAGUUCGUUGGUAACCCUAAUUCUCGGUUCGGAGGAAUAGGACUAACUUGUGAUCUUGAAUAUGGAAGUUUACUUUCGGGACAGUCUAUGUGGGAUGUUGCUGUGCAGAUCAAUAAUUCCGAUAUUAUUCAGUGGUACAGCUUCGAGUUUGUGGUGAUUUGCAUAGGGAAAUAUGGAGACAUACCAAAGAUUCCAAUGUUUCCAUUGAAAAGAGGCCCUGAGAUAUUCAAUGGAAAAGUCCUUCAUACACUUGAUUACUGUAACCUUCACCAACAAGCUGCUAAUCAACUUCUCAGCAACAAAAAAGUUGUUGUAGUUGGUUUCAAAAAAUCUGCUCUUGAUUUAGCCAUGGAAUGUGCACAGGCAAACCAAGGAGUUGAAGGAAAACCAUGCACCAUGGUGAUAAGAACUUUGCAUUGGACAGUUCCACAUUAUUGGAUAUGGGGUUUGCCAUUUUUCUUGUUUUACUCAACAAGAUCUUCACAGUUACUCCACCAAAGACCAAACCAAGGCUUACUCAGAGCUCUUCUAUGCUUCAUGUUAUCUCCAAUGAGGCUUGGCAUUUCAAAGUUCAUUGAGUCCUACCUUCUAUGGAAAGCUCCUUUGGAGAAGUAUGGCUUAAAACCUGAACACCCUUUUGAGGAAGAUUACGCGUCGUGUCAAAUGGCUAUCAUGCCGGAAAAUUUCUUCUCUGAGGUGGAAAAAGGUAAGAUUCUCUUUAAAAAGGCGUCGAAGUGGUGGUUCGAUAACGAAGGGAUCGAGUUUGAAGAUGGCACUAAGGUGGAAGCUGAUGUAGUGAUCCUUGCAACUGGUUUUGAAGGAAAGAAAAAGCUCAAAGCGAUUUUGCCAGAACCGUUUUGUAGUCUGUUGGAGUACCCUUCUGGUCUUAUGCCGUUAUACAGGGGGACUAUUCAUCCGUUGAUUCCAAACAUGGCUUUUGUCGGAUACGUUGAGAGCGUUUCGAAUCUCCACUCUUCCGAGCUACGCUCAAUGUGGCUUUCUGGACUUGUAGACGAAAAAUUCAAGCUUCCGAAAGUUGAGAGAAUGCUUUCGCAGACACUUGAGGAGAUGGAAGUGAUGAAAAAGUCGACAAGGUUCUAUAAAAGACACUGCAUUUCGACAUAUAGCAUCAACCAUAGCGAUGAAAUAUGUAACGAUCUGGGAUGGAGUUCGUGGAGGAAGAAGAACUGGAUAUCCGAAGCAUUCGGCCCCUACAACAGUCAAGACUACAAGAAGGAAAAUUGAAUGCAUAGCCUAUAACCAUUGCAUAAAAAUAGUCGAAUUAUAAGAAAAAUAAGAGCAUGGUGUGCUAAACUCCUUUCAUAUAUACUCAAGAGUCGUGUUUCGAAAAUGUAGUCAUGAAUCUUUCAUGGUUUAUAGCCAUGUUAAUAAAAAUAAAUCAUAGAAAUUGCUGAACUUUGUUAUUUCACAAAGCAAACUCGAACUUACGAUAUGCAAAAGAUACUGAUAUGAUAUGUGACAGUGUUUGUGACAACAUCGCGAUACGUUACAAUUGUUUGCUCUCUAUAGAAGAAAGAGUAUUAUUUUCAUCACUAUCAUGUGACCAAAGUGUUCAAAAUCAGCUACUUAAUUACAACGGUUUCAUACAGAAGCGAUACAGAAGCUUUAAAGGCUUUGAAGUAGUUUCAAGGUCUCAUCGAUAUGCUUUUCGGGUUGGAACUGGUUGUUGUAAACGAGCUGAACCACGCCGUUUUUGUCAAUAACAUAAGUCUCUCUCCCUGGCAAUGAUCCAAAGAAAUCGCCCGGAACUC